AUGAAUGCGAAACUGACGGCAACGUGGCUUCUUCUGGUGGUGUUCACAGUGAAUGAAGCACACGGCCAACUGCAGUGCUAUGUGUGUGACAACUGUCCCGACCCGUUCGAGGGUACCGCGUCCCAGCUGCAGGCCUGCCCACUGUCCGAUUCGGUGACCACCACACAGAUACCGCCCGGUGGUGAUACCACGGUCCUAACCCCACCGCCCCUUCCCACCGGCGAGGGUCCCGGCGAAAUAACAACCAUACCCGACACACCACCAACUCCAAGCACACCGGAGAUGACUCCACCACCCCUACCCGGUGGGCGCCGAAAACGUCAGGUAGCGACCGGAUAUCGUUGCUUCUGGAUUGAGCACGCUAACACCGUUCGUCGGGGCUGCGCCGCCUAUCUGGGCAAUCAGGCCGAAACUUGCACGUCCGUCAAUGGUGGAACCGUGCCAGGCGAGUGUAAACUCUGCGACUGGGAUGGUUGCAACAGUGCGGCCGGACUUCGUGUGUCGCUCGUCGCCUUACUGCUGGCCGUAGUACUUUCCGUUAUGCUCAAGCAGUAA